UUUAUUUGUGAAUUGAGUAUCUCUUGGGAAAUGAUUAGGAGUUUUGAAUUUUUUCCUUGAGAAGUGACACAGGAAUCGGUUGAGAAGUACUGUGUGUACUUGGAGGUUGAGGGAACUGCUGAUUUGCACCAGCUUCCUGCAACAUCCAGUUAUCUGUUUCUGAGUUUCUUGUUCCACUUGACUUGUAGAUUUAGAAAGAAUGAAAAAACAUAUUUCUCAUUUUUGUCUUUGGACAUGAGCAAAGGCUGCAGAGAGUUGAAUGGAAUGUAUGGUCUGUUGGUUAAUUAGUGAAAAUGGUGACAAGAAGAGUGGAUCUUCGAUCAGACACUGUCACUAAACCAACUGAAACCAUGCGGGCUGCAAUGGCGAGUGCUGAAGUUGAUGAUGAUGUUUUGGGCUAUGACCCAACUGCUGCUCGCCUGGAAACUGAGAUGGCAAGAAUCAUGGGCAAGGAAGCAGCAUUAUUUGUCCCUUCAGGCACUAUGGCCAACCUUAUCUGUGUGCUCACUCACUGUCAGAUCAGGGGAAGUGAAGUCAUUCUCGGAGAUUAUUCACACAUCCAUAUUUAUGAAAAUGGAGGAAUUUCUACAAUUGGAGGUGUUCAUCCAAGGACAGUCAAGAAUAAUGAAGAUGGAACAAUGGAUAUCAACCUAAUUGAAGAAGCAAUAAGGGAUCCGAGCUUCGAAAUAUGUUAUCCAACUACUAGGCUCAUCUGCUUGGAGAAUUCACAUGCGCACUCUGGUGGUAGAUGUCUGUCUGUAGAAUAUACAGACGAAGUUGGAGACCUAGCAAAGAAAUAUGGGUUAAAGCUUCAUAUUGAUGGAGCCCGUAUUUUUAAUGCAUCUGUGGCUCUUGGAGUUCCUGUUGAUAGGCUUGUACGGGCUGCUGAUUCAGUAACAGCUUGCCUAUCAAAAGGUCUUGGUGCUCCAGCUGGAACUGUAAUUGCAGGUUCAAAAUCCUUCAUUUCAAAGGCUAAGAUUCUUCGGAAGACAUUAGGCGGCGCUAUGAGACAGGUUGGUGUCAUAUGUGCUGCUGCUUUAGUUGCAUUGGGAGAAAAUGUUGGUAAGCUUGAAAGUGAUCACAAGAAGGCUAAGAUUUUGUCAGAGGGGCUUAACAAAAUUGAAGGUUUAAAAAUUAACCUGGCUUCAGUGGAGACAAAUAUUGUCUAUUUUGAUAUUCUCGAGGAAGUGGGUAUCACGGAAAUAGAACUAGUAAAAAAACUAGAAGCACAUGGUAUACUUGUGAUGGCAGAAGGUCGACUCAAAAUCAGGCUUGUCAUUCACCAUCAGAUCUCAGAAUACGACGUUCAGUACACACUUUCUUGCAUCCAGAAAGCUGUAACUGGAAUGAAAGCUGAAAAUGGUGGCAACUGAGGCUACAAAGACUUGAUCUUAACUUGGUGUUAAUGAUGUUUGCACUUGCAACAUAUCAGUUUGAAACUUGUGUUUAUAUGGUAAAGUGUUAAACUGCCCAAGGAACUCAACUCUGGAAAGUAGAUCCUGAAAACUUCUACAUGUUAUAUUAUCCAUCCUAUUGCAAAAUCUGUCUUUUUUGGUCCAAUUGAGGAAAUUUAUUUGA